GGGGUUGACAGAUGCAGCCAAGCCACCUCAGGAUGGAGGGAAGAAGAAAAGACAAGGAAGAGUGCAUCCCCGCUCUCUGGGGAGGAAAGGGUUAACCCCAUUACGACAAACCAAUCAGAGCAGGGAGCCACACUGCAAAACCACCGCAGUGAGUGAGAGAGGGAGACUAAGAUAGAGAACAAGUGAAUGAGAGAGAGAGAGAGAGAGAGAGAGGGACAAGCAAGGAUGAGGAGGUGCAACAGCAACACGUCAAUGCAACACAGUUUGAAGAGAGCGUGUGUGAUCAUGAAGCUAGACAGAGAAGGAAACACUCAGCAGGACAGUAGAUCAAACUCAGAGGACGUCUGCUUCACUCUGUUGACAGCUUGCAUGGACAGCAUUUGAUUCAUUCUCACACGCUGACAUGCAACGGCUGCAAAAGUGUGCAGAAGAUGCACUUGUGGAUCUCAGAUGAUGCUUUGGUGAAGCUGUAGCUACUCCACGUUGCAUGACAGAUGAGCGUGAAGGAUUGUAGGAUUAAAGAGCUGAAGAAAACUGCUUCCAAAGUGCAAUUGAGGCCCAUCUUACCCCAACUCUCAGGAAGACAUGCAUUAGCAUUGCGUCUGUGAGGAUGUUCGCUAAAGUCGAUUUCCCAGGUGAAGACAUUCCCAUGCACACCACGUUUUACACACGUGCUUCGGACAAUGUUGACGAUGCGGCCUAAAGGUUACCUUCUGUGAGAAGACAGGAAAUACUUCAGACACCCAGAAUGCACCACUCCCUCAUGCCGACCUAAACAUUUCUGUGACCUUCUUUGGCUCAUGCAAAUCAGCAAACGCAAUUCAAAAUGGAUUUAUCACCUUGUACGGCCCAUAAAAAUGCAAUAACGGGAAUGCAUCAGCAUUGAAGCAACAUUAUGGGACCAGGUUACUGGAUUUCUUCUAUGGUACUAAGGGAGAUCAACUUCUUAACCCUAGCGUGGAUAUAAUAUUCAAUCAAAACUAUUGUUUUCAGUCGUCAGAUUGGUUAAGAGAAAUGGACAGUUGUUCUCUGAAUCCCUCGCCUCUUCCCUGACCAUUAAGCAAGAAAAUACCUGGAUUACGAGGAUUAAGACGUGCAGAAUACUUCCUUGAAAGGCCAUGCAUGGGGCUGAUGUACAACUUGUACCCCUUCCAGACUCAAUCGCUGACUCCCGAGACUGAGAAAGGGAAGGGACAAUGCACGUCCCUCCCGCGACGGAGGAAGACAGCACCAUGAGUAACGUGACAGUUCUCGACAUCACCGAGUCCGUGAGUCCCGCCAUGACGCCGGCCGUCCCGUACCCGUUCCCGCUCAGCUUCCAGGUGUCCCUGACGGGAUUCCUCAUGCUGGAGAUCGUCUUGGGACUGAGCAGCAACCUGACCGUUCUGGCCCUCUAUUGCAUGAAGUCUAACCUGGUCAAUUCGGUCAGCAACAUCGUCACCAUGAACCUCCACGUGCUCGACGUGUUGGUGUGCACCUGCUGCAUCCCUCUGACGAUUAUGGUGUUGAUGCUGUCUCUGCAAGGCGACACGGUGCUCGUCUGCUGCUUCCACGAAGCCUGCGUGUCUUUCGCAAGUGUGGCUACCGCAUCAAACGUGCUAGCUAUCACUUUGGACCGAUAUGACAUCUCCGUUAAACCGGCGAAUCGUGUGCUGACUAUGGGACGAGCGGUGGCUCUGUUGGGAUGCAUUUGGGUGCUGUCCUUUAUCAGCUUCUUGGUGCCGUUUAUCGAAGUGGGAUUCUUGGGACCGGAGCCCACCAAAGCCAAUCAGACUGUGGUUGUGCACGUCAACGAAUAUUACACCGAACUCGGAUUGUAUUACCACCUAGUGGCCCAAAUCCCAAUUUUCUGUUUGACUGCCAUCAUCAUGUUGGUGACGUACGCGAAGAUCCUUCAGGCGCUCAACAUCCGUAUAGGUACGCGCUUCCACGCCACGCAAAAAAAGAAGAAAAAGAUUAGAAGAAAAAAUAACUUUUCUCUCAUGUCAACGUCUGAGCAGCAGCUUCCGGAGAUCACAGACGGCUCGAAGAGCAGCAACCGUGGAAAUGCUCCGCUCGGCAUGCGGAUGUCCGUCUCGGUGAUCAUCGCCCUGCGGAGGGCCGUCAAGCGCCACCGGGAACGCCGUGAGCGCCAAAAGCGUGUUUUCCGCAUGUCGUUGCUCAUCAUCUCCACGUUCCUCCUCUGCUGGACUCCCAUCACUAUUUUAAACGCUGUGAUCCUCAGCGCAGGCCCCAGCGACCUCAGCGUCAAGCUCCGGAUGGGUUUUCUGGUCAUGGCCUACGGCACCACGGUCUUCCAUCCUCUCUUGUACGCCUUCACCAGGCAGAAGUUCCAGAAAGUCUUGAAAAGUAAAAUGAAGAAGCGGGUGGUUUCCAUCAUCGAGGUGGAUCCGCUGCCGAACAGCACGGUGAUCCGAAACUCCUGGAUCGAUCCCAAGCGGAAUAAGAAAGUGACGUUUGACGACCACGAAGCCAGGCAGAAAUGUCUAUCAUCCGAAGAUGCAGACUAAAACGACCUCCGGGAUUGGGAACAGUUCUCAUAAAAACACUGUUAUACAUAAAUGUGAAUAUUAGCCAGACAUGAGCUUAUAUUGAAAGAAUCGGUUCCUAUUUAUGACUAACUUGGUAUAUGAUAUUGUUUUCAUAGAUGGUGCAUGUCCUUUAUAAACCACUCUAUGUACUGUAAAUACAUGAAAACUCAUGCAUACUCUUUAUUAGUUACGUAUCUCAUUUAUGACGUGUAUACAUGUAUUUAUAAUAAACUACGAAGGGAAAAAGACUAAA